AUGUUGAGCGAUAAUGGGACCGUCUUCCACGGAGCGGACCGGGAGUUGCGCAACAUGUUCCGCGGCGCUUCCGCCUUCUACCUAAACGCCGCAGCUUCGCUGGCAGCCGAAGGCACGGAUUGGAGCUUCAUCCCUCCGUAUGCUCCGCACUUCGGGGGCCUAUGGGAGGCAGGAGUUAGAACGGUUAAACAUCAUUUGCGAAGAAUCGUCGAAAACGCCACGCUUACCUUCGAGGAGAUGACGACGCUUCUGUGCCAGGUGGAAGCUUGCGUAAAUUCACGGCCGCUACAUCCACUUUCCGACGACCCCUCGGACCUGUCGGCAUUAACACCCGGACACUUUUUAAUCGGUGAACCCACUUGUAUCGUUCCGGAUCCAGAAUCCGACUCGCAUGAUAUUUCUCUUAUUUCGCGCUGGCGACAAAUAUCUGCAUUACGUUCUCACUUUUGGCACAGGUGGAGGCGGGAAUAUCUGCAGCAUUUGCAGCAACUUCCCAAGUGGCGUCAGCAGAAGGAGAACCUGAAGCUGGGGACACUAGUGUUACUACGCGACGAGUUGCAACCACCGGCAAAAUGGCCGAUGGGCCGGGUUGAAGCCCUUCAUCCAGGGCCAGAUGGACGAGUAAGAGUAGCCACCUUGAAAACUACUAGCGGUUCCGUCACCAGACCAAUCGUCAAGUUGUGCCCCCUCCCGGUGCCCUCUGCUGACGUCACUUCACCUACUUCCACGUAA